AUCCUAAAGAAUGAAGACAAGCCGGCCGUCGAGCUGUGCGCCGAACGCGACUUGAGCAGCUACUCCCGCUUCACCCGCUCCUCGGUCGGCGAGUUCAUGUCGCUGUUCACAAAGACCGUCGCCGAACGCACCAAGCCGGGCCAACGCCAGGACGUCGAAGAGCAAUCCUACACCUUCCACGCCUACGGCCGCAGCGAGGGCGUCGCCGGCAUCAUCAUCAGCGACCAAGAGUACCCCGCCCUGGUCGCCCACCAGCUGCUCUCCAAGAUCCUGGACGAGUUCCUGUCGCGCUACCCUCGUACCGCCUUUGCAAACUCGAAUGCCGAGUUGCCCUUUCCUCAGCUCAAGGAGUACAUUGUCAAGUACCAGGACCCGCACGCCGCCGACAGCAUCAUGAAGAUUCAGAAGGAGCUGGACGAGACAAAGAUUGUGCUGCACAAGACCAUCGAGAGUGUUUUGGAGCGUGGCGAGAAGAUUGACAACUUGGUGGCCAAGAGCGACGGUCUUUCUGCUCAGAGCAAGAUGUUCUAUACUCAGUCGCAUCGGCGCCUCCGCAUCUUCAACCAUGCAUCCAUCCAUCUAUCCACCACUUUCUCCAAAUGUAAUCAUCCACCCGCCAUGCUUUCCCCAGAACUAACCAAUGCCAUCGACCACACAACCCUCUCAAGACUGAAAAAUGUAUUGAAAGACAUCUGCGACUCUUUACCCGCGGCAGCCGCUCUCGUCGAAGAACAACUUCUAGCCCCGCCAACCACCAUCAUCGACCUCACCGACGACGACGACGACACCGACUCGACACCAAUUGAAUCAACCACCGGCGUAAAAAGACAACGCUACGCCAUGUGCGAAAACUGCAAGGAGGAAUUCGACGUGACCGAAAACGACGAGGAUAGUUGUCAAUAUCACGAUGAACUAGAAGUCGACAGGCAAAGCAGCACCUGGAAUGACUGGGAUGAAAGAUGUCACGGAACAAUCGACAAUGACCUCUUUGACACUUAUCCCGAAGGCUUUGUGUGGGAAUGCUGUAACGAGAGUGGAGAUGCAGAAGGGUGUACCACUGCAGCUCAUGAAGUUGACGAUACCUUUGAUCCACAAGCUAAAAAGAGGAGGGUUUGGGAGUAA